AUGGACGAAGAAUCUGUUUCUAAUGGUUCUCUUUUCAGCAAAUUCGAAGGAGAAGAGACGAUGGGAAAAGUUCUUCUAUUCUCAAUCGUAUCGAUUUUCACAGGGAUUCUAUUCCUCCUCUUGCUUCAUCUCUACGCAAGACUCUUUUGGUGGCGUGUGGAACAACAUUUCAACCUAAACCUAAUCCAAUCCGACGAUCCUGGCUCCACAGUCAUCGGACGUAAUCCUCGACGACGUCGUUUUGUCUUCGCUCAAAGUCAAGAAGAUCCUCUUCACAACGCUGGACUUGAUUCUAAAAUUCUCCAAUCUAUCCAUGUUGUUGUUUUCAAGUGUACGGACUUCAAAGACGGGUUAGAAUGCGCCGUUUGUCUCUCUGAUCUCGUUGAUGGCGACAAAGCUAGGGUUUUGCCAAGGUGUAAUCAUGGGUUUCAUGUGGAUUGUAUCGAUAUGUGGUUUCAGUCUCAUUCCACUUGUCCUCUCUGUAGAAACACCGUUGGUUCCGUGGAAGAUACGACACAUGGAGGAAGUGAGGGUUUACCUCAAAAUCAAAACUUUGAAUCAGGGCACUCGACUAAUCAGCAUAAUCCAUCUCAAGAUCAGAGCUUUGUUCAUGAGUUUUCGACAGAACCUCUGAGUUUUCCGACAAAUGUACUGGUUUGGGGAGAUCAGAAUCAAGUUAGAAGUGCAGGCCUCGUUGUUACUGAAGAAUCUCCUUCUGGAAAUUUUGCAGCUUCGUAUAACGAUCAUCAACAAGAAUCUAGUAGUACCAGAUCACAAGAAGUGACGGCGGUUGUGGUGGACAUUCCGGAUAAUUCAAGUGAGAAUUUAUCCGAGAGAAUCGACGAAGAAGAACCUAAGUCACCGAUGUUCACAAGGUUAAGAUUGCUUAAGAAUGUUUUGAGUAGAGAGAAGACCAACAACAACAAUGUUUGA